GUAUCAGCCAGGCUCCUCUUCCUCCAUGCUGCUUGUCAUUCAUAAGAUUAAGUGGAGUUUCUCGGUGCUACAUGAAGAGGAGGGCUCUCCUCUUCAGUCUUGCACCUCACGCUGUUAAAUAUUCAGUUGCAGGCUCCCCGCACCAUCCAGUCUACCAAUAAACGGCCUCUGACAGUGCGAUUGGCAGCGGCAGCAGGAGUAACAGUCUGUCAGCCACACAUAUUUUUAUUUAUUUAUUUAUUUUCUGGACGGCGAGGGGUGAUGGUGCUGUGUUCUCGGUGCUGCAGGCGUCGUUCCCGGAAUGGACACUUCGCAAACCGGUGUGGUUUUAGGUGCACUGGGUGUCAGAUAGUCCAGCAUCCAUCUAACCACACUGCGCACGGAUUUCAGUGACCGAUUUCUGCCGUGCAUCCGCAUUACUGGGGAAAUAUGGGGCAUACAGCGUAGGCUUUCCAUCUCCCCGUGCUUUGAUACAGGCUGGGACUAUUUUAACAUGUAUUUUCCUCCCUAAUUUAUCAGACUUAAUUACUGACAAAAGACCAUCUCAUUGCUGGCAGAGGAACGCAUUUCCUGCCUGUGUCCGCGUUAAAUCUUCAUGGACAUCUCCCGUGCAACAUAAGAUGUGAUAUGUCGAUUAUCCCCCUUUUUACUAUAAAAGAAGGCAGGUCAGAAAUGCCCCUUUACUCUUGGCUGUUGACUCUGUGAUCUUUCUUGAAAAACAAACAAACAAACAAACAUCAACAACAGAAAACCCCCACAAGGAUCUCGGCGUGAAUCGACAUGGAUAGUGCAGGGAGCCGGGCAGCGAUGGUGGGGGACGGUGCAGUCAAUUUCACAGCAGCCCACCUCUGGCUGGAUCUACUGAACGCCUCGAGCCCAUCGACCCGGUGGGACAGCAGCCCGCCUGCCGAGGGCACCGGGCUGGACGAGCGGCAGCGACUCGUGCGAGAGCAAGCCUACCGGGACUUCACCACCACUGUUCAGGUUUUCAUCCUCCUAGGUUCGCUGAUCGGUAAUGCCACCGUGUUGUGGUGCACCUGCUGCACAAACGUCUUUAAAACAGUGACCAAUCGAUUCAUCAAGAACCUGGCAUGGUCUGGUAUCUGUGCCGGCCUGGUGUGCAUCCCCUUUGAUGUGGCAUUCGGAGCCAAUCCUCGGUGCUGCUUGUGGCUUCACACGCUGGUGCUCUGCAAAGCUCUCAAGUUCCUCCACAAACUCUUUUGCUCUGUCACCGUUCUCAGCUUCAGCGCCAUCGCAUUGGACAGAUACUACUCAGUGUUGUACCCACUGGAGAGGAAAAUCUCAGACGCAAGAUCUCGAGAUCUGGUCAUCUAUAUCUGGGUCCAUGCAACUGUGGUCAGCCUCCCCGUGUUUGCUGUGACCAAUGUGACUGAUGUGUACGUGACCUCAUCCUGCUCAAAUGACCCCGCCCGCUCGCUGAGUCACAUGGUGUAUGUGUUGAUCUACAACAUCACCACAGUGAUCCUACCCCUGGCUCUGGUCUUCCUUUUCAUGCUUCUGAUCCGCAGAGCACUAAGUGCCAGCCAGAAGAAGAAGGUGAUCAUCGCAGCUCUGCGAACUCCCCAGAACAGCAUCUCUAUCCCAUACGUGUCCCAGAGGGAAGCCGAACUUCAUGUAACUCUUCUGGCUGUGGUACUGGCUUUCUCAGCUUGCAGCGCGCCCUAUGGGGCCUUAGUAUUUUACCGCACUAUUUUGGCAGAUGCUAAAGAGCUGCCUGUCUCACUGUAUCUCACAGCCCUCUGGCUUCCUAAGGUAUCCUUGCUCACCAACCCACUUUUGUUUCUGACUGUUAACCGCUCAGCGCGUCACAGCUGUCUGGACCUGCUGGCCAGGAUUCACAGACGUUACAGCCGCCGUAACGUGGUUAGCACUGGAGGUCUGGCUUCUUUAGGAGCAGAUGGCGUGAUUGGGGAGCCAGUAGGACUGGAGACUGCUGGUCGAUCUGGAAGCCAGCUUCUAGAGAUGUUUAACAUUGGCCAACAGCAGAUCUUCAGACCGUCUGAAGAAGAAGAGGAGGAGGAUGUGGAGAAUGAUGUGGAGAUCCCAUCUCAAGGAUCAGGAGAAGGCUCAGGGCCCAAAGAUGACCAGAAAGGUGGGUCAAGAAUGGGAAGCCUCAGAGGUGAAGUGAUUACCAAAAAGGACUCUCUGCAGGGCACAGGAGGAGGGCUGGUUAUCACCAAGGAGGUCCCUCCUUCAGUUAUAGCCCCCCGGGCCUCUCCAGUCCAUACAUGCGCUUAUGCCUCUUCAUCACAAGUGGCACCUGCUACACCUACAGAAGCAGAGGACUCCCCACAGUUUGGUUUUGGACCUUUUGAGCUGCCACCUCAGUGGUUACCUGAGACCAGGAAUAGCAAGAAAAGGCUACUGCCACCGCUGGGUAACACGCCUGAGGAGCUGAUCCAAACCAAAGUGCCAAAGCAGAAGCCAGAACGCAGGAUCAGCAGGAACAACAAGGUCAGCACAAUUCCCACCGUGGAUCCAUGAACUGUACCGUUGGCCUCUGAUCUGCAACACUGGAAAAAUCAGAACUCCUUUGGCCCCAACCGGGCCUGGGAGAAGACAAUGAUGUCUGCAUGGUUUCUUCUGGUUCCUUCUUCUGAUUUGCAGUUGUAGCCCUUGUAGAAGUUCAGGUUCGACAUUUUACUGCAUAAAAGCAGGUUCCCUGAAGCACUGUAUUUCCAUUUGUGAAUCAAUUUGAUAUCAAUAUAAUAUUUCUAGUCUGACAAAUAUGUCCAUUCCAUCCAAUUUCACAGCUCUUCAAGAGGUCCAGUUUUAUAAUUAAGGACUUCCACAAUGACUCCAUGAUGAAGGAAAAUAGAUACCUUUAUAAAUCUUUCUUUUUAUUGGAGGUGACAUCAGUAGUCAAACAACACUGUACAAAUCCAAUUAUCUUGAGGGAUGCACUGAUAAUGGAUAAUAUAUUUCCACAGCAAAUAAUCAAGCAAGCAUUAUGGACCUGCUAACAAAACAGUUUUUAAAAAUAGUUCUAAUCUGAUUGCACUCUGUAUAUGAACACAUCUCAGUGUUGGUCCUUUCACUUAACCCAUUGUGGGACUUUUCUUUUCUAUGUUUGAUUUACAGAAAUGUUUUGGGUAUUAACAAACUGUCUGCUGCCUUUGUUUUUUUUGUCAAAUUCCACUUUCUGAACAUUUCUUGUAAUGUCUUAGAUGUUGUCGUGAUUUUCACUUUCGAUGUGGAUGGUUUUCGUAAGAUUAAAACACUGACGUAGAGUAUGCAAAUACAAGUUUAUAAUGUGAAACAAUCAGAGUUCAACUGUGUGUUCAGUCUUGGUUUCUGGAAGUGCAUCACAUAUACUGAAAUCUGCAGGUUCAUGCAGACUGGGGAUCUUUUAGCGACCUUACAUCAAUCUUAAUGAUUUCUCACAGAUUUCCUGAAAAUCAGUUGCUCAAUUAAAAUGUUGUAUAAUAAGUAAGAGCAGAGAUACCAAGUGCACAUUUUAUAUCAUCUGACGCUCUGUAAAACAUGUUUCCUUUUAAAUA